GAACCAUCACUCAGCGACUGUUAGCUCGUGGCAGUGCAUAUUCUAACGGGGUAUCUUGCUCAAGGUAAACGAGCGGCCUUGAAAAAUACGAUAAAUAGCAAUCAUCCAUUUCUAGCAUUACUACUCACAUCUUACAACAGCAGCGACGAAUCCAUUUAUGCUUUGAUACACAAUAGAAGAGUUGAUCAUAAUAACCGUGGUGGACGACAGACCAAUAUGGCCCCUGGACCCGAUACUCUCUCUCUCUCCGGCAAGAUCGCCAUCGUCACCGGCUCCGGCCGUGAGAAUGGCAUCGGUGCAGCUAUUGCCUACGCCCUCGGACGCAACGGAGCCUCGGUAGCAAUCAACUACGUCUCCGACAGCUCAGCCGACCGUGCUACCGUCGUAGCCAACAAGGUGAAAUCGCUAGGUGGAAACGCCAUCAUCGUCCAGGCCGACGUCGAGACCGUCGAAGGCGCAGAGAAACUCAUCCGGGACACUCUCGAGGGCUUCGUGACAGACAGAAUCGACAUCCUCAUCAACAACGCCGGCUUCGGUGCUGGGCAGGGCAUUCCGGCGACGGAGAUCUCGGCCGCAGACGCGGAGAAGAACUUCCGAUCCAAUGCCCUGAGUAGCUUGUACGUCACCCAAGCAGCGGCCAAGCACAUCCCCCAAGGCGGGCGCAUCAUCAACAUCGGGAGUGUCGUCUCGCGGCUGGUCAACCUCCCCGGCGUGUCCGCGUACGGCGCGUCCAAGGCCGCCCAGGACUACUUCACCGCGUCCUGGGCCUACGAGCUCGGCCGCAGCAAGGGUGUCACCGUCAACACCGUCGCGCCGGGGCCUACCAAGACCGAUGCUGGGACGUGGUAUCCGGCCGGGGAAUUCCAGCGGAUUUGCGGUGCCAACAUCUUGGCACAGUCGAAGAUUGAAGAGCGAGCUGGCCAGCCGGAGGAGGUUGCGGAUGUGGUGCUGUUGCUCACGAGUGAGCAGGCUAGGUGGAUUACGGGGCAGUACAUUGCGGCUAGUGGCGGUAUUUCGUGGUAAACGAGAAGAUUUGGCUAUUGCUAAGGCGAUCUUGCAUGUUGGUUCAAUACUUAAACUUCGUCCCCAAAGGUGUAGUCGUUGGUCCAUCUCUGUUUCACGAUAGGUCAGCCCGCUAUGUAAUUAUAUCUUUCCUCCUGCUCUGGGUUAAGAGACUUGGGAGAAUGUGGGGUUUCUCAGGACUUACAGCGUCAUAUGGCCGCGAAGAGUUCACGU